AUUGAUGACGGCUCGGGUUUUCAACACCUCAGUCCUGGUUUCCAGUGCUGUACUCCACCACAACGCUCCGUCUCUGAAUCUGAACUCUCCAAGUCAGGGACGGUGAAACUGUCCAAACCAGUGGCUUUGUGGACUCAGCAGGAUGUGUGUAAGUGGCUGAAGAAGCACUGCCCAAACCAGCACCAAGUCUACAGUGAUGCCUUCAAACAGCACGAUAUUACAGGCCGAGCUUUGAUGAGGCUGACAGACAGGAAGCUGGAGAGGAUGGGGAUCAUGCAGGAGAGCCAGAGACAGUACAUCCUGCAACAGGUCCUGCAGCUCCGCGUCAGAGAGGAGGUCCGCACCCUGCAGCUCCUCACACAAGCAUCUUUGGAGAGCUCUCCAUAACCUGAGCAGUCCCAGAGACCCACCAGCCACCACGUGACCGUCCGAGUAUCUUCUCGAAUGUCGGCAGCACACACCAGCCUUUCAGCCCAAACGGAGUCGCCCCAAGCCCUGAAUCAAACCCUUAUGUCUUAGGACCCUUAUCUUUUCCUUUUCUCUUUCCCUUUCCCCACCCCAUCCCCCUCCAAAUGCAAGCCCUUAAGACAUUUCUAUUCUUCUUCUUCCUUUGUCAAGUGGAACGUCUCUGAAUUGGACCACAGAUAUUCUUCUUGCUAUAAGGACAAUUGGCAUUGAGAGACUAAUUGGCCAAUUAGCCCAUUCACUGUAUGUCAUCCUUCCAAGUGUAGCACUUUACCUUUCCUGUAGAGAGUCUGUUAGCUACGCUCGUCAGACUAGCAUAAUGUUCGGACGCACAUAUUAGAUCUUCUAGUCGCUAGUGCUACUGGACACUUUUUUUUUUUUAGACUUCUGCUUACUUUUUUCUUACUCUAUUUCUGUUUUUGUGACUUCGCCUCUCUACUCUACAGAAAGACUGCAUAGAGACAUUUUGCACAUCUGUAUAGUAUUUGUGCCUCGUGUUUAUUCCUCUGAGUCGGUUGUCUCUUUCUGUUAUGUGAACAGUAUGUUGUGGGCUUGUCCUCUCUUUGGUCUGUUUUUCUGUUGAUCUGUUUCCUCGGUUCCCUCGGUUUUUCUGUACUGAAAACCCUUUCGCUCGUCCUUCCCUUAAUCUGAUCUACACUGUGACUCUGACCAGCUGUCUUAACGUGGCAGACGCCACCGCAUCUACUCUCCUGCACUCUCACCCCUUCAAAUGAAGGCAAAUCUUCAUGCUUUCCAGGAUAUAUUAAAAAAAAUAAUAAUAAUUGGAAUAUGAUUAAGGAGAAAGGUCAGUCAUUGCAAGUGAGGCAAAAGACUAUUCCCAUUUAUUAAUGGACAGCACAUGGCGUCUGUUCAGUGUCUGAACUGAGAGCAGUGAGAGAACUUGAAUCCACCGUGUUGGGAAAAUGGCCAGUAUGAUUUCUCACAGGGGAAAGAGAAAAAGAAACCUUGAAAAUAAUGGAUGAUGGUCCUCUCCUAAGACUAGGGGCUUGUCAAGCCCGUGGAAGAAAAGCAUAAAUUUAAAAAUAAAGAAGAAAUCUAGCUAUGAAACAGCACUUUUAAAGAAUUACAAAAAUAUAACAAAGCAGGACAAUGUGUCAAAGAAAACAGGAUGUGCGAAGCCUGUCGAAUUGAAGUCAGGAAUUUGUUCUUCACUGUCUGCAGACGUUUUCUGAGGCAUCGCUGUGGUAUGAUAUGGCCGUACACUGUUACCUUUAUUACUAUGAAGCACACAGAACUGCUCAACUGAAUGGACAUUGCUUAGUCAUUGUUAUUUAUCUUAAAUAUCUGUAUUAAGUCCACAUAAUACAGUAUAUCAGCUGGGGGGAAAAAAAAUACAUACAUUUGUAACUGUAGCAUAUCACACAUGACUAGCCUUCCGAAUAUUUUAACGAGAAUUCGCGUGUUGGAGUCCGUGUAAAAGAUCGGUUCUAGGUUGGUGAAAUUAAAGGCUACAUGAAGUCAAUUCAUGAUCUAAAAAAUGGAAAGUUGUAGCAGACUGAAUGGUAUUGAUUAUACUGUAUGUACAAGUAUUACCUAACCACAAGAACAGUAGUGUUGUUGAGAAUCGCAUAGGAAAAGACAUGUUUCAGUUAAACUACUCGCCGCCAUUUCACGGCUGGAUGAAGCCACUAUCUGGUACACAAGAGAACACUUUUGGAAAUUGGAAGUUGUGUAGUAAUAGAAUAGUGAGUGAGGCAUAUAAUUAAUCUUUCAUCUGCUAGACUAUCUUCAUGCGUGUCAGGAUCAGAGCCGGCGCUAUGAAAGUUGCGUGGUUCAUGAAGUAUAAGCGCGGUAUUAAAGUUAAACAGACUUUAACAGGUAAUAUUUAUUUACAUAUCAUUUGCCUCUACUGUGAGACGAGCACUGAAAACGGACACUAUGUACUAUAACCUUUCUAUUUGAACUUUGCUUCCUCGGUUCUGAUCUUAAGCUUGAAAAGGUUUCACCGACUGUAGAGCAGUGGAAAAAAAAAAAAAAGCAUCUCAUUUACCGAUAGACGGAAAUUUUUGUCUGCGUUUUCGUUUCCCUGAAGCAUUUUUAGCCUUUUUUUUUUUUUGGUUAAAAAAAAAUUGAUAGAUGAAAGAGUGCUUGUGGAGGAAGAACCAUUUGAGAAAAUGAUUUGAUGACCUCUGGAAAAUUUGACAGCUAAUGUUCCAUGAUAUUACAAAAUGUCAAAUGGGAAAGAUGGUGGGCAAAGUUGAAGAAUAAGAAUCCUGCAAAACUGAAACUUUAGAUCUUUCCUAUCAAAGUUGUAGAAGAUGGCUGCGGCUAUGGACCAUGUACGACAUUUUAGUUUUCAAAAAUGCAUAAGAACUGAGGAUAGAGAUUGAAUUAAUUGGCACAACAUACCUCUGAAUACUCUUGUCUGUGUACCUCAACAUUCUUUUACCUAGAGCUAAAAGCCCAUUCACCGUAAUGAAAUAAGUAUCACAUAUCUCAGAGUAUGGAUCUCAGUCAGCUCCAUUUAGUCAACGUGAUGGUGUUUAUUCGUAUUUAAAGAAACAGAACACUUAUUUUGGAACUACUAAUCACAACACGUCUUAGCUUAAUAUAAGUGUUAAUAUAGGAUGAUGUGCUUUCUGUUUAAUAAUCUUCCAGAAACUUCUCAAGAGACAUGCCGUGAAAAGCCUCAAAUAAAAGUGAUGAUCGUGAGGAAUUGGAGUAUUGAUGGACAUGUCUGUAGUAAUGUUGUAUUACACACCUGAAAUCUGCACAUGCACACUUCAGUUAGGAUUUAAUCUAGCACUGAUGACUGUCCACGCGUUUCAGCUCACUGAUCCGCUUGAUUCAGGUGCCGUCUAGGCAAACGUCUCUAUCUAUAACGGCUGCUGCUUAUAGAGUGAGUCGGUUAUUCUGAAAGAACUGUACACAAGUGUAUGUCUGAUUGAACACUCAGACGAAGCAUACACAUAUAUAUACUUACAUGCAUGCUAAUAUUUGCAUACAAUACAUUUUGUACUUUCUUUUCUGAUAUGCUUAAUUAUACAUUGUUGGUUAUGACCUGUCGUUUCCCACCAGACCAGGGGUACUCGACUAAAAUUUCCAGUUACAUAACAUUACUUGUUUACAAAGGUCUGGAUAAGCAACUACUGACUGAAUGGCAGCAACAGUUAGCUUUUUAAUAAUGAACCUUUAAUGAUUUGGCAAUGAAUAAGUAAGAAAAAUUGUCUGUUUUCACCAUUGACCUUUUUUUUUUUAAAACAAGCCAUGUAACCACUACACUAAUCAGACCUGAAAAGAUUGUCAAAUCUAUGAAAGUCGGUGAUAACCCUCCACUUUCUGAGAUGUCUUUAGCCUUGUACCUAGUCACCGGUCCAAUGAGCUGCCUUUAGCAUGUGAUUGGAUAAAUCACAACAGAGAAUCUACUACACAAUCCAUGCAGGUUCAUGUUUAAAAACCAGAGUCGCUGGACAACAACAGGUUUUUUCCUACGUUGAUCGGUUCAACUACUCGAUUCAGUCCACUGAAAUACUUUGCAGGACCACCAUUUGAUUACCCCUGCUCCAGAUCUUUGACAUUUUUGUUUUCAGAGCUCACAACACAGUUGAACCAACCGUUGCAUGAUCAUGUAUGCGCACGUCACGUCAGCACAAUCACAGAUAAUGAGAUUAGUCACUUAAUAAACUCUCAUACACUAUCAUCUUCUGUUUAAGACACUCUGGGCUUGGUGAGACCUACCAAGAGCUAUGUCUGAAUUGUCCCAAAGUUGUCAAAAACACUAUAGACAAAACAAACUAUACAUACUACACACACACACACACACACAAUACAGGCUGUCCCACAAGUCUCCAUACAUAGGGAUUUUAACACUUGUUAGCAAAAUGUCUUCCAAAAUGUUUCAUACUUAGUUUACAUUAUAAUUUUUUUUCACACGGCCUUUUAAGAAUGCCAAAAGAAGAACGUAUUAAAAUCGUUCUCACGGCCGGAUCGGGACGCUGUCGCAAGGUUGUGAUGGACUUUAACAGGAAACAUAGUGAACACAUCACACACGAUACCGUUAUUUAUUAAACUUAUUAUCAAUUUUUUAAAAAGACUGGAAGUGUUGCGGAUGUCCUCCACGAACAUCCAGUGAUCUAGACACAACCGACAUGGUGCUGACAAACACAGUCCCCUGUGUAUGGAGACUUUUGGGACACUUACUAGUUAGCUUAAAAUCUGUAGUUUACCAGAAAAUCAAUCAAACAAUUGAAAAGCAUCAAUACACUAAAGGCACUGGAUCAUUUUGUCUCACCAAUGGGACAGCUGAGCAAAAAUGCAAACCAUCUGGGUCCAGGAGUACUGGUUUGAGAAACACUGGGUUAUGUUAAUGCAUACUCUUUCUCUCUCUCUCUCACUCUCUCUCUCUCUCGUAACAGUUAAAAUUAAUAUCUACGCAUAUGACUGCACAUUCACAUACAUGGCUGAAAACAACUGUUUGAUUUUAGCCAUUUUGUAGCAUGCUGCGUUAUUCUUUUCUGCUCUUGUGUAUGAAACAGGCAUGCAGACCAAACCUUUAGAGCCCUGACUUUUCCUCCAUUUCCAUAUAGUGUGCCUACUGAUGGAUCAAAAUAUUAAAAACUUAAUAAAUGCAU